GCUACAGGGAGCUUCGGGUGCUGCCAUGGCGACGUUUGGGGCGGCAUGGACAUGGGCUGUACCGCCGCGGCGAGUACCUGUGCUCACUCGUACAUCUCACUUCGUACAUCGACUAAGAAUUGAUCCAUAUGGCACGCAUGGAUGGGUUUGAGCCUGUGCUUUUUGUGCUUGUCCCUUCAUGGAUCAGAAUCCCCCCAAUUGACAAGGCAGUUUGCUUGCAUGGGUGUGUCCUUUUGGCGAGCUUUUUGGGGCGGAUUUUGUGGAAUCGGCUGCUGCAAGUCUCUCGCUACGAAGGGCUCCAUGUUUGUGCUCGUACAUGCAUAUGCUCGGCUUUGCAUGGAUUUUUGUGUCGUGUCUGGCAUUAGCAGGCCCGGCGCUGUACACGUAUCGUACGUAUUAAUGUAUUGACUGCUAUUGGGUUGGAUUAAUUGAGUCCAUCAAUCAA